CAAGAACCAAGGCUCACAUUCAGAAAUCAAACUGAAGUAAAUGAAUGAGUUAACACUGACGUUAUCACCUUUGUGUUUGUGUGUCAGGUUUCCAAAUAUCGGAAACAGUUGCUACAUGAACUCCUGCCUGCAGAGCCUCCUCAGCAUACAGGAUUUCAUUUGCGAUAUCAGCUGCCAGAAGGAUUUGUGGAGUUCAGUUCCUGAAGCUCAGCUCUUAAGGCGACUCAUUGACAUCAGGGACUGCCGUGAGUCGACAGAUUAUGGCGUUAAAAACAGCCGCCUCUGGUCCUUUAAGCGUGCAUUCGCCACCUAUGCUUUAGACUACGGAGACAGUCGACAGAAAGAUGCUCAUGAGUUCUUAAUGUUGCUGGUGAAUCAUAUCCAAAUGAUGUCCCCUCACCUGCAGCAGCAUGCAGCUGUCUUGGGCCAAAGCUACACCUGCCCAGUGGAAGGCAACUUCUUUUUCCAAAUGGAAAACACGAGGACAUGCAAGAGUUGUGGAGUCCAGUCAUCACACAAGGAGGACUUCACGGGUUUAUCGUUAGACCUCGUUCCAGAAGGCUCCAUCAUGGGCAUGUUAGAGGUAUACCUGAAGGAAAAAGAGUUAGAGUUUAGAUGUGAAUGCGGAGGGAUGAUAUCGGGAAUGGAGUCAUCCUUCGAUAGCCUGCCAAGAGUUCUCAUCUUGCAUCUCAAGAGGUUUUGCAUUACUCUCCAAUCUGGAGAAGCUGCAUAA